AUGAAUUCACCCCCGAGACGUGAAGCGCCGGCUGCUUCCAAGCGAAAACCUGUCCCUCCGCCGACUGCACCUGGGCCUUCGCUUGAGCCAGAACGCAAACGCGAGCUUACCAGUAGACUAAUACCGGAUGCCUUUCUCACUGCCACUCUUUUGGCAGCCCUUACUCUCUCCUGGCCGCUACGAUGGGUUAUCUCUGGAGCGCCCAUACUUGUCUACGCCAUCCUACUAGGCGAGGCUUAUGGACAUCGUAUCUUACCCUUCGUUCCCGUGUGGACCAUCUUUGCAACUGUCAACUUCAUUUACGCAGUAUGCGCGACAUCAUGGCUUCUGUACUGGGUAUUCUGGUCCCUCUGCUGGCCUGUACUCUUCAUCACCUGUCUCUUCCAAUUCGAAGCACCUGCUGCACUGGCGCGCCGCACGCUGCGAAAGACUUUCCUACGAGACCUGCACUUUAUCAACGAUCAGAUAGCCUUCUUCGACCUGCCUGCUCUUGAAAUUGACACCGAAGUCAAGGGACUUUUCGUCGUCCGGGGAGUCACGCUCUCACUCUCCACAAUGACACUUGUUGCUCAUGGAGUUGAAGCCGGGAUAAAGCUCGCUGACGACAUUGAACUCGGCAUCCAAGUCGACAAAGUCGUCGUACCCCUCUUCCGCGAGAUAACUGUCGACGAUGUGUAUGCGAAUGUGAAGGGUGGGGAUUGGGAAGUCACCUUUGGAGACGUACAGUACGGCGUUCCAGAACCAGAUGACGAUGAAUCUGUAGUCGUCACCAACACUGCCAUCCUCAGAGCGGCAACGAUGAAAGGCAACGCCAACGGCCGCCCGGCUGAUAUGGUCCGAAACCUUACGGCCGGGAAGAUACCGACCGAGGCUGAAGACACCAAAUCCGCAUUCUCAUCUGUCAAGAAGAUCUCACCAGAUGAGGAGCGCGCCCACACAAAGUACAAAGAGCUGGUACGCUAUAUCAACGACACAAGCGCCAUUACAAAAGCAAAGGAGGGGCUGGUAGAGGCCUCGAAGGCACGAGCGGAGGCUAGCUUGACCGACGACGAAAAGGACACAAAAAACACGAAGAAGUCAAAAGAAGAACCGGGAGUGCGCUUGGAUAUUGAAAACCUCGAUGAUUUCCGGGCAGCGAUUUGUACCCAGAUCCACGGGCAACCCUCGAUACCUCACCCACCGACCAAAUCGAUCAGAGUCUCCACUCUUCGCAAAACAUCGUACCCAAAUGUAAAGAAAUUCUUACAUCGGCUACCCUUCCUCUAUCGCUUGAUGCUCAGCCCCAUCUGCUACUUCCAUCCUGUCAAGUUCAAGUCCGUCACGGCAGCUGGCUCAGGGAAAUGGUUCACUGUCUUGAUGCAAAAAUACUUCUUCAAGCAUUACUCAGCUCAAGAUGCCGAGAUUCGUAGAUUGGAAGCGCGGAUAUCAGCCUGGUGCGCAGAUGCCAAUUUCGCUGUGGAAUUGGGCCCGAUUGCUAGCGAAGCCCACUUCCCCAUCAACACCAAUUACAACAUCACGACCCACUUCAAGAUCUCCGAUGUCAUGGCUUACAGGAUUCUUCCGGAUGCCGUCGAACUUAAGCAAGUUGUACGAUUAGGAGGUGCGGAUGCUGUUCUCACGAUUCCCACAUUCCUGUUUCCCCACCAUGAGCACAUCUUCCCGGAGAAGAAGAGCGACUUCGACCUGCUUGAGAUGGAAUCUGCCAUAAAAGAAGCCGAUCCUACCCCGAAGCAGGUUCGGGAUCUCAAAGAGCUCGAAAAGCUAAAGAGAGACGAGGCUUCUAUGCAUGUCAACGCACAUGCCCAUCUCCCGGCACAGUUCCACCAAGACCUUCUUAACUUUGUCGCCGCAAUUGUCAAAGCCACCAAGGUCAUCGAGUCGGAUAAGGACUUCGAGGAGGCCAAGGUCCUUCGCGAGCUGAGGCGUGUCACUACAUCUGAUAGCGAAGCUAGUAGUCUUGCAUCAGUCAAUACCAACAGCAGCGAGGUUUCAGGGACCACACUGAAUGCCAAUGACGACAAUGGCUUCAAGGCAUUCCUAAAGAAGGUGGACUCUGGCUUCAAGGAUGCGUCGAACAAGACCAUGGUGGGCAUGCGCAAAGCCGGCCAGAACACUGUACACGCCAUGGCCAACGAUCGUUGGAUCGCUCGGCUUGUCGGCAAAGUGACUAGGAAGCUGGAGAAGGCGCAGGGCGAGCUGGGGUACAGUGGAGAGGUUCCGAUCGCUCUGGCUAAGUACCGCGAGCGACAUGAGUUCGAGCAAAAGCUUUUGCCUUGA